AUGGCGUAUAAUCAAGAAGAUAGUAAAAGACUAUCAGACAAGUAUAAGAAGGAGGGACAUUUUGACAAGUUGAAAAGAGAAAUAUUGUCUAACCCAUGGAAUAAUACAGAAGAGAAUAGUGAAUCUUUUGAACAAGCGCUUCGGAAAAGAGUUGCCAGUACUGUUAAAGAAAUGGUUAACGAAGAUGAAGAAUUAAUAUUUAAAAACAGAGGGCUAACCAGUGCAUUGAUUGAAUCACAAUUGGUCAAGGACAACUACCUAAAGCUGGGUAGUAAAAUGGAGGGGGAUAAUGGUGAUGGUGAGAAGAAAUUUGACUUGGAUGUCUAUGUACGGUCUAAGUUACAGGAUCCCAAACUAUUGGAAAUGAUAAAGGGACAACUUCAGGAAACACUGAACUCUUAUGAAGAGGAAGCAAAUGGAAGUACGUAA